UGCUGGAUGGAGCCACACGGGAGUCAUGUGAGGAGACAUGACAAAAACAGCCUUCCUUAAAUUAUGUGUGGCAAUUGUGAUCACAUUCAUUUUAACCUUGCCGGAACAUUUCAAGACCCCAAAAGGAAGAAUUUUGGAGCUAUCCUGUCUGAAACUUUGUUUAAAACCCAAUUUGACCCAUUCACUCCCCUCCUUCAAUUUGUCUUUCAUGACUUUUUUGAAACCAGUAAAAGAAGCUCAGAUUAUUUUGGAAAUCUUUCUAAACCACUCCGAUUUUGAAAACGUCACCAGGACUUGCCAAGAUAUCACAAGCCAAUUCCAAAUGUGCUCUUUGUGUUUGGUUUGUGAACCUAAAGGAAAUGUGGGUUCUAUUUCUCAGGAAGAAACAUCAAAAGUUCUUACCAUGACAGGAUCAGUGGAAACGAAAGACGCUGAUUUUCAUUCCCCUUGUCAACAUUUCAAUUUUACUGCGGCUCCUACAGUUGACUACUGGGAGCAAAAGAACACUACCUGCAAUCUGAAAAUGCGCACUAGAAGGUCAACAGCCGCGAAGCAAGACCCAGCCAAGCAGAAGCCUGUACAUCACACUUGCGGAAUUACGGAAUCUAUGAAUAACUGCACACACCUUUCCUUGUACCUAGAAAUGGACACAAAUUAUACCAUUUGCUCCAUGAAGAUUAUUUGGUAUGCUUUAGUCCUGCUAGUUUUUGUGGCUUUGAUCAUCCUUCUUACAAACAAAAUACGGGAAGGCCACCGAGUACAGAAGUGGCAGAGUCAUAAGUACAAGCCUGCAUCUGCUCUCUUAAGGGAAAGAGAUUCUGAGAAACUGAGAGUACUGAAUGUACGGGUUAUUUCAGUUGCUCUUUAUGGGAGAGAAACGGAGAGGAAAUAAUGUUUCCCCUGAGUGCUGUUUGGAAGGCUGCUCUUUGUAAUGAUGGAUUAUAGGCAGUGGUGAGAAUUUAAAAAAUGUGCCACCGUGGUUCCCUAGAAAUGCAGGAACAUGAGUGAGAAGAAAUGCUGUUCAAAGAAGCUGUGAGUCUGUGUUACAUUCAACAUCCAGCUUGUCACUGACACUAGCUGAGCAUUCCUGAGUCUCUCCACUUGCUCAUGUAUUCUAAAAUACGUUCUCUCUCUCUCUUUCACUCUCUCUCUCUCUCUCUCUCUCACACACACACACACACACACACACACGCACAGCUAAGCUGCUGCCCUGCAAAAGAUGUUUAUUCAUUCUGCAAGAGAGGUGUCAUACAGAAUCAAAUCCCAAUAUAUUCUAUGCCCCUAUUGUUUCCAUCUUCGCUUUGAUAAACAUGAUGGUUUGUGUUACCUAUCUUGGCAGUAACUAUUUUACAUCCUACUGAACUGUGAAACUACUCACACAGGGGAUGACUGUGUCUUGUUCAUUUUAUAUCUUUGUCCCCGAUGUGACAUCUGGUAUUCAGUUCCUACCUGAUCAAAGGUUAUUGAACUUCACCAACCCUAAACCAGAAAGGGUGUAAGAGUAAAAACAGUGGACUAACAAGAAAUGAAUUCUAGGGACUAGAAAAGGUAAAAACAAAUGAGGAAACAGAGUGGUUAGAGAGAACAGAAUUUCCCUUCAUUGAAGGACAGAGAACACACUUUAUGAAUCUGCUAAGGAUUAAAGAACCAAGAAAACUGUUGGCCAUUUUGAAGAACCGAUUUUGAGAACUUUCAAAAGUAACCUUUAAUUGUAUCCCUAUAGACAAUGUUUCAUGGGUUGACUAUGGUGGCAAAUGGCACGAGUGGAAUAGGACUUGAAAUUGAAACCAACUUGGCUGACUGCAGAAAGAAAAUUUAAUGGGAAGCCAGUAGACACCCAUAGAAGUAAUGGGCACCUUAGGGAUUCUGAAGAGAGGACAAGCUACAAGAGUUAGGGAGCCAAGAGCACAGUCCAAGUCGCACUGUGGAAAUAGUCUGGUAAGAAUGUCCCUGCCAGAGCCACUCCUCUCUCUCAUCUAUGCAGGCUACCACUGGGCUCCUACAACCAAAGUUGCCAUUUUGGGCAGGAUGGAGCACCCCAGGCAAGAACAUGUAACAGACCAAGUAUAAGCCAUAAGGUUGGUCUGCUAUACCAGGGAGCCGAGAGAGGAAAUGUCUGCCCCUCUGACUUAUUACAUACUUGAGAUUAGCUCUGAGAUGUCACAGACUAGAUACAGCCAAUGAAUCAAUACCUAUAAAUCAGGUUUGCAGUAUUGAAGCUUCCAUUCACUUCUGAUGCAUGGGUUGGUGAAAGGUCAUUUUGUGGCUCCCUUCUGUGUCCAUGAAAAGUAGUAAAUUCUCCAAGACCUUGUCAUUCUUAAUCUUUACAUAUCCAAUUAUUAAGCCCUGAUUGUGGGCCUCCCCUUAUGCCAAGCAUUGGUGAUUCAGCAGCACACACCAUGGCACAGCCCUGUCAUCCUGGCACUCUUCCUUAGGAGAUUCUGCCCAUGGUUGCCUCAGCACCAAGGAAGCUAGUGUCUCCUUAAGCAUCUUCUGUAUGCAUGCAUCUUUCUUGUUUCAUAAACACUUUAUUAUUAUUAUUAUAAUUAUUUUUCCUCAUGGGAGAACUGAAGUCACAGAGUUUAAGUAACAGGUCCACAGCUGGCUCCCAGCAGACUCAAAUUCGGUUCUGUCUAAUGUAGCAUAUCACUUACAGGAAAAAAUGGACUGGGGUUCCACUGGCUCAAGUCAAAAAUCAUGUCUCCUUGCUCUUUCACAUCAGAUGCUAGAAGCUGAAAUAUGUUCUCUACAUAAAACUGUAGCUGUUUACAUGAGACAACAUGUGUUGCUGCAAAGAAACAUUUCCACCUAUGUUGAAAUGUUCGCAGUGAAGGUAGGCAGAUUCUGAGGGAGCGUAAAGCAAAGGAGGUGUGAUUUUAUUGUGAAAGAAAAUUACUGAAUGUCAAAAAAAUAAGUGGCUGACUCAGUCAUUUCUAUUACCCCCCCCAAAUAAAAGUAAUGGCAGUAUAAAAUUACAAUGUGUAACAUAUUUAUCAUCAGCAUAAUAAAGACCAGGCAGGUUUCAAUUUCCUGCUGAAGGAAAGACACAUUACUGGUGCCAGAUGUUUUGCAACCAAGCAAGAUAACAUGAAAAUUUUUUACUUGCUUAAUUGUGAUGUUUAUGACUCUCCAAACACAGAUUUGGUUCCUAAAGCAGGAAAGGUUACAGCCAUCUGCUUGGCUACAGAGGAGAUCAAAAUGCAGAAGUGGACUUGCAGGAAAAUUUGCCCGUAUGCAAAGCAGAUUUGGGUGGGAUAGGAUGAUGCACUCUGCCCAUUCGUGGACCUCCUUUACGUGACAGCCGUCUGUACCAGGUCUGGAAGAAGUGGAGAUGAGAGACAAGCACAGUGAGCUUUUUCGUCCUUCCCAGAACUGCCCUGUUCCCUUGCUAUCCCUUCACAGGCCCUCCUCUCACACUGACUUGGGCUAGAUAGCUGCACCCUGGCCUUCUGAACUUGGCUGAACUAACACUCCCUCCAGGACCGGGGCCAUCCGCCUUAGUACACAUCCUUGAAACACCAACAGUCUCUCUCGGCAGCAGCAGCAGCUAUCAUGGCUAUUAGAAAAUUAUAAACAUGAUGAAAUAUCAGCUUUAGAUAAAGGACUUCUGAUAUUUUUGAAUUAUGAUUUGAUUGCUGUCUUGGCCACCAGCCAGUAAGCUUGAGGUCAAGGACAUUAUCUGACAAUACUUGCCCCUCUACCCCCAGAUCAGAGCCUAGUGUAUAUUUGAGAGCACUUCAAAACACUCAUGGAAAAGUGCCAUUAAAGAG